AUGAAGGAGAGUCUGGGAGAAACUAGGGUAGAAUCUUGAAGAAAUGCGGGGAUCGAACUGAAGGGGAUUGAUGGAAGAAGCAAGAGGAAAAGGAAAAGGAAAAAGAAGAAGAAGAAGCUGAAGUUGAUGAUGGAUGAAGGAAAACUCGCAGAAGUGAAGAGAAUAGAUCUUGCUUUUAAGAUCUUUCACAUAAAGUUGUUAGUAGCUAGAGCAAAAGAAUUUCAAAAUGAAAAAUACAAAGCGGAUAACAGCGAGAGUUAUUUCAGAGUAGAUUAG